UUAGCCAGAAAUGUCUCAGUCGGGAGAAGGCAGUGUAUGGUAUCAAAGAGAGAUCGCCAUUUCUGCCAAGAAGCGGGGAUGUCACUUAAUUACAGAUGAUGUGCUCCAUCAGGUCCCAGAAAUAAAGAAGAUAAAAAUAGGCGUCGCAAAUAUACAUAUCAAGCACACAUCAGCAAGUCUAUGCUUAAAUGAGAACUGGGAUCCUGAUGUAAGAGUUGACAUGGAGAUGAUGAUGAACAGAUUGAUUCCAGAGAGUACACCUUUUAAACAUAGUUGUGAAGGUCCAGAUGAUAUGCCAGCCCAUGUGAAGGCAGCAUUUAUAGGUACAGGUGUUAGUAUUCCCAUCACUGAUGGCAAGUUUAAUCUGGGUACCUGGCAAGGCCUCUGGCUAUGUGAACAUCGGAAUUCUGCUGGAAGGAGAACUCUUGUGGUCACAGUAAAUGGCUGUGUACGUUAAAUUACGGCCAUUUUAUGUACUGUUUGUAUACUUUCAGGAGUGAGGACUUUGUAUAUGGAGUGUUUGUAAUAUACAAUAUACCAGAAUCUGUGAUAGGUUUUAAAUGUCACAUUUACAGUUUUGUUUGAAACCACAAAUAAAACAAUUACAUGUAUAA